UUGUCGCUAUUUUGACUUGAUUUUUAAACAACUGUCGUGUUMUUGAAAGGCGUUUAUUCCUUUGCCCUGUGGUGAAAUUUCAAGCCGUUUCCUUGAGAGGAAAAGUGAAUAUUUCACCUAUUUGGUCGAGGGAAAUAUGCCUUUUCGAAGCACCUGAAAGAUAGAUUUCUCACUCUGAAUUUCUACGACUUGCUUGUUGAAUUAGUGUCCAAAGGUGUCCAUGUAGUCAGAUCGGUGGCGUUUACCAUGGCAUACGAUUCUCGAAACGCUGCCUCUGUCAGACAUCCSGAGUACAUUGAUCCAGUCUCAAACCAAAACUCCUGGCAGGUUCAAAGCCCAUAUAGUUAUCCUGGAGGCUACCAUGGAGCCUACCAGGAAGCUCCCAUGGCACCUCCAAUGGCUCCAAACCCACAAAACCAAGCUGAUGCAUGGGAAGAUUUCCCUGAUGACUGGCCAGAGGAUCUGAAUGUAAACACAACAAAGAACCUAUCAAAUGGAUACAGCAAUGAAGCACGCCACAUAACCCAACAGCCUGUUAUUCAGAGUCCUAGUCCAUUUUUUAAUCCUCAAGUACCAUCAGUUCAACAGUCAUUUCAAUCUACUCCAAAAGACUCAGAUAUGGCAAAUGUCAGAUCUGGAUUGUCAUAUGCUGCUGCUCUGAGUGGRAAAACWGAGGGGAAGCCUGCAAAGGAACAAAGKAMUUCCAGUGGAUUUGAUGAUAUUGACUUGAAUGAUGACAGUGGUAAGUGUGCAAUAAUAUUGUAAAUAAUGGGUGAAUCAAAAUGAUUAUCCAGAAUGAUUAUAUUUGCCUAGACAUACAGUAGAUGUUGAGUUAAUGARUGUGCAUAUGGUUGGGUACAAUGAUGACUUAAAAGUUCUUUUGCCCAGGUUUUGAAACUGCAAGGAAUGUGAAUAACAAAGGCAUAUURAAUGAUGUUAAUCAUUGUCAUUGAAAUGGCUAAUGAAUUCAGUAGUCAGUGAAUGAAUGAUUGGAAAAAAGGAAAGAGUGUUUAAAGAUUAUGAAAAAAUUGGGUUUAAAUGGAUGAAGAAAUGGGAAAUGAUAGAUAGAUACAGGUAGAUACUAUAUGUUUAUUCAUACCUCUUCCAACCAGAUAGCUGAAUUACAGGUAUGGCCAGAUAAUAAAAACUGAAUGAGCAGAUAUUCAAAUUUAAUGAUCUCUCUG